AUGGCGCUGCCAACAAAGCCUAGCGGCCCCAACCUGGGCCUGAGCUCGGGGAGCCUUAACUCUCAGGAGAAGAGCCCUGGGGCUCGAGCACGCUCUGGGGGUGCUGGCAAGCAGCUGCCUGAGUACAAGGCGGUGAUGGUCGGUGCUAGUGGAGUAGGCAAGAGCGCACUGACCAUCCAGCUGAACUACCAGCGUUUCGUGGAGGACCACGACCCCACCAUCCAGGAUUCCUACUGGAAGGAGAUGGCCCUGGGCCGUGGGGGCUGCGUUCUGAAUGUGCUGGACACAGCAGGGCAGGCCACUCACAGAGCCCUGCGUGACCAGUGCUUGGCUAUUGGUGAUGGUGUGCUGGGUGUUUUUGCUCUUGAUGACCCCUCAUCUCUGGUCCACCUGGAGCAGAUGCGGGCCACCUGGGGCCCUCAUUUCACCCAGCCCCUCGUCCUUGUGGGUAACAAGUGUGACCUUGUGACCACUGCUGGAGAUGCUCAUGCCGCUGCUGAAGCCCUCGCACAGAGCUGGGGGGCCCCCUUCGUGGAGACCUCAGCCAAGACCCGGCAAGGUGUGGAGGAGGCCUUUUCUCUGCUCAUCCAUGAAAUCCAGAAGUUCCGGGAGGCCAUGGCAAAGGAGGCCAAGGCCAAGCCACGUGGGGUUAAGGGCCGGCGCCAGAAGGUUAUGUGCCACUGUGGCUGCUCUGUGGCAUGAAGGUCUUAGUCAAGAAAAGUGUACCCUCCCCCAGGCCAGGGUGAUGGUUCCCUUGACAUGAGACACUAGGAGCAACUGGCUGUGUGGGACACUGUUGGUGUCCUGGGGAUAGUUGAACGCCUCUCUUGUUUUCAUUUGGUGAGGGGCUUUUUGGCAACAUGGGGGUGUCUGGUGUUCGUUAUUAAUGUCACAUUGAGAGAUCUUGCGCAAAUUAAGUAAAU